GCUGGGACAGUCCCUCAAUGGGCAGGCGAGAAAGUGAGGUCGACAGAGUGGAGCGGGGCGGGGCCGGCAGGAGUAGGAGGGGUCGGGGCCGACUCAGAGGACCCGCCGGCUACUUGGUUCUGUCCCAGGUGGAGGUGGCCUGAGGCACUUGGUUCCCUCUGCUCUCGUAGCUCUGGCGGAGUCUGCGCGAUGGGAGACGCGGAAAGGCCGGAAGCGUCCAGGCCCCAGCAGGAGGAGAAGUUAUCUUCAGAUACCAACGAAAAUGAAGCAAAGUCAAAUGAAGAGCCACUCCUAAGAAAAAGUUCUCGCCGAUUUGUCAUCUUUCCAAUCCAGUACCCUGACAUUUGGAAAAUGUAUAAACAGGCACAGGCCUCCUUCUGGACAGCAGAAGAGGUUGAUUUAUCAAAGGAUCUCCCUCACUGGAACAAGCUUAAAUCAGAAGAGAAGUAUUUUAUCUCUCACAUCUUAGCCUUUUUUGCAGCCAGUGACGGAAUUGUGAAUGAAAAUUUGGUGGAGCGCUUUAGUCAGGAGGUGCAGGUUCCAGAGGCUCGCUGUUUCUAUGGCUUUCAAAUUCUCAUCGAAAAUGUUCACUCAGAGAUGUACAGUUUGCUAAUAGACACUUACAUCAGAGAUCCUAAGAAAAGGGAAUUUUUAUUUAAUGCAAUUGAAACAAUGCCAUAUGUUAAGAAAAAAGCAGAUUGGGCCUUGCGAUGGAUAGCAGAUAGAAAAUCUACUUUUGGGGAAAGGGUGGUGGCCUUUGCUGCUGUAGAAGGAAUUUUCUUCUCGGGAUCUUUUGCUGCUAUAUUCUGGCUAAAGAAAAGAGGACUUAUGCCUGGACUUACUUUUUCCAAUGAACUCAUCAGCAGAGAUGAAGGGCUUCACUGUGACUUUGCUUGCCUGAUGUUUCAAUACUUAGUAAAUAAGCCUUCAGAAGAAAGGGUUAGGGAGAUCAUUGUUAAUGCUGUUGAAAUUGAGCAGGAGUUUUUAACAGAAGCCUUGCCAGUUGGCCUCAUCGGAAUGAAUUGUGUUUUGAUGAAACAGUAUAUUGAAUUUGUAGCUGACAGAUUGCUUUCAGAACUUGGAUUCUCAAAGGUUUUUCAAGCAGAAAAUCCCUUUGAUUUUAUGGAGAACAUUUCUUUAGAGGGGAAAACAAAUUUCUUUGAGAAACGAGUUUCAGAGUAUCAACGUUUUGCAGUUAUGGCGGAAACUACAGAUAAUGUCUUCACCUUAGAUGCAGAUUUUUAAAACCCUCCCCAUACAUAUCUAAACUUAUCAUUGGUAAAUAGCAGUCUAUUUUUCUCUGCUUAAAAAAAAAAAAAAACCCUAAAACAUCUUCUUUAGGGCACAGGAGUUUGCUCAAAAGGAAAUCCAAAUAUCAAUCAAGUUGCAUUUAUAGAAAUAUGCUUUAAUCUUCCUGUUUAACAGUCAGAGUAUGACCUCUAAAUGCUUUUGUUCAUCGCUAAAAUAAAAGAUGGCACUAUAUUUGUUAAGAGCAUGGCGUGGGGGGUCAGAUAAGAGUUUGAGAUUCUGUCCUACUUUGUGUGACCCUUGGUAAAUCAGUUAAUCUCUCUAAACCUCAGUGUACUUAUCUUUAAAAGGAAUGUAAUAGUAGGUCCUAAAUUCAUAAAGUGUGUAUGAGGAUUAAGAUGCAAAAUCAGUUCUUAGCCAAUACUGCUGUUGCAGCCUCCUCCUCCUUCCAUCUCCCCCUCCUAUUAUUAUUAUUGUUGUUGUUAGUAAUAGUAUUAAUUGCAGUGAUGUGAUAAAAUACUCCCAUCUCCUCAAAGUAAUUGUGAUUCUAGGUCCUAAGAUCUAGACUUAGAUCUUUGUAUUUUUAAGGUUUUAGGAAGAACAUAAAGAUUUCCUUAAAAAGAUUAUAAUUUUCAUUAACAUGAGAAUAACUUCUUUGAAUUUCUCAGUGUGUAGUUAAGGAAAUUUAGUUCUAAGUUGCUUCGGGCAGGAUACUUAUGGAGUGGAAUCUAGGAGGUUAUCAUGAUAGUUGACCUUGUAAGCAAAAUGAUUCUGCUCCUUCAGAAAUUAAAAGGGUAAUUUUAGCCAGACAUAGCCCUGGAAUGUUUAAAACCAGGGUGAAUUAGCUAGAAUAGCAUUUCCCAAAGAGUAUUGUAAAAGCUGUUAGCCCCUCUAGAUAUUUUGUGGGGUGGUGGGGAGAGAUUCUGUGGUCAAAUGAGUUUGGGAAAUAUUGUACACUCCAUUCCUCUUUAGAAUGUAUAGUCAGUACAUCAAAGACUGACAAAUUCUGCAGUACAUAAACUGAUUUGCCCCUGCAUAUUGCAAACCUACUUAACAAAGAUCUGUUUUUCACCUGUUAACAUCUCACCUAACUAUUGUUCUUCAGAACAUAGGUUGGAAAAAGCUGGCCUAGAUAACCGUUCUAUACAUGGAGGAAGGGCCUGUGGACCAAGCAAGGGAGAACCUGGUAGGGAUUAUUGAACCAUUUCAACUUUGUGCCAAGCUGAGGAAUGUACCUGUGAUUGACCUCAGCUAUAUUUCUUAUACUCCCACAACUCUUAUAUGCUGUUAUGAGACUUAAUUCUUUUAUGGAACGAUGCCUGCUGCAUGAUAGCAGAUGGUUAGGGAGACUGAGGAAAGGCCAGCAUCUGAGAAGUCUGCUCCCUCUAUCAUAGGGAACUGUCAAGAGGUAGCCUGAACCCAAGCAAGCAGUGGGGUUCCCCACUCACAGCAAAUCAUUUUAUACAAUUCUGGUUAAUAAGGUUUAGAAAUUUUCUCUUUGCAUAAAUUUUUGCUCCAUUCAUUCCACAACUAUCUAAUGGAUUAAAACUGGGAGUUUUCAAGUGGAUGCAAAAGGAACAGGCCAUAACUUUAUCUGUUAGAGAGGAUAUCAGAAACUUGAGCUAUUUUGGCCUAUAAUAAUACCAUUUAUCUGUUCAAGGCUUCAUAGUUUGCUGAGUGUUUUUGCAUCACCUCAUUUGAUCUCACAACAGCCUUAUGAGCUUGACAAAGCAGGUAGUAUUGAAAUUUUUUUUUUUUUUUUUUUUUUUUUGCGGUAUGUGGGCCUCUCACUGUUGUGGCCUCUCCCGCUGCAGAGCACAGGCUCCGGACGCGCAGGCUCAGCGGCCAUGGCUCACGGGCCCAGCCGCUCCACGGCAUGUGGGAUAUUCCCGGACCGGGGCACGAACCCGCGUCCCCUGCAUCGGCAGGCGGACUCUCAACCACUGCGCCACCAGGGGAGCCCAGGAUUGAAAUUUAUAGAUGGAGAGAAUGAGGCUCAGCAAAGUUCAAUGACUUGGCCAAGAUCUGCUCAUACUCACUGUCCCUACAAUAUAUUUUUUUUUCUUAGAAGUUGUCUUAUUUCUGAUAUUUAGUCCUUUGCCAUCCAUCUUCACUUCGUUUUCCCUAUUUUUCCAUUAAACUGUCACAUACUUUAAUUAAGGUACCAUAUACAUUCAUUAAAGUAUCAUAGUAUCAUAAACAUUUUAACUAUAUUCAGGAAAUAUGUUCAAAGACAUUCAUCUACUGCCAUACAAAAACUUACAUUUAAAAUUGAUCGGUAGUGACAUCAGAAUGCAAGAAAAAAAGUUUUAUAUUGCAUAUUCCCUUUGUUUUGAAUCCAAAUCUUUCUCAGAGGUGAUUACAGGUGCCUUAACAUGAAGCUUAUUUAUCGUAGCAAUAAACCUAACUGUAUUGAGAUGACAUUUUAAUACUGAAAUACUGGAUUUUUAAUACACUGGUUUAUUAUAUUCAGUAUUCUAUCCCCUUUUCCUGGCUUCCAGGUUUCAUAUUUAUUUAUUAUGUUUAGUGUUUUGGUUCUUAGUUCUUAGGGAAUCAAGAAGUUGUGGAAUCUCUUUUUAAUAUUAUCUGACAGGCAAAGAAAAAAAUUCAGAGUAUGUUUAUAACUUUUGUUUUAACAGCACAUGUAUUUAAAUCAUUGCUAUAGUAAAGUUGGUUAUUUAAGAAUGUAAAAACUAGUUGUUUGAUGACAAAUUGCAUUUAUUAAAAAUAUUUCCUUGUAGCCAUGUAGAAUCAUGACUUGGAAGGACUCAGGAAGACUGAUCCAGUGCUUUCAGACACGGCUGUUUUGCUGUUCAGUUACAUACAAGAAUAAACAAUUAUUCUUACAGUUUAAGCUUACCUCAGUCAUGUCUUUAUAUACGAAAUUUUUCCCGUUCUCUCAUUUUGGAACAUGCAAAAUUUUCAGCUCCUUUUGCCACUUUGGUUUUCAUUUGUUAAUGGAAAAUGUAAUUAUAGAGAAAACACAACAACUUGUGUAUUUAAAAAAUAAAUUCUUUCAUAUUCAGAAUUUUGCAUUUUACAUUUAAAUAUGCAAACGUCAUACCGCAGAAUUCCCAAAUUGCAUUUGUGCAGAUUAAGCUAAGGGCUGAAUGUCACUAACUGACUUUCGGUGAUAAAGAGAGCUGCUGCUGCUAUAAGAAUGCCAGUUGAAUCCUGUAACCAGCUAUUAUGUUUUUGAACUAAGUUGAGUGAACUGGUAGCCAACUCAGGAACCCUUCCUCAGCAGAAAUCUGCAUGCGUAGCACAGAAGUGAAAUCUGUAUAUCUUUGUUUUUCCCACCCUUCAAAUGGUCUGCUCCUGUUCAGACAGCAACAGGUUUGAAGGAAAAUCUGAUAUUUCUGAGGCAUUAGGACAAAAGAAUUUAAGCCUUUAAAUUUGGGGCUUAAUUCUGUUAAAGAAAAUACAGGUGAAAAUGAAAGGCUGAAGAAUUUUUUUUGUACAGGUAAAAGCAUAACAAUUCAGUCUUUUUCUAAGUUUCCAGGAACCUUAACUUACAUAUCUGUUUUACAACCGUGUUUUGAUUUUUCCAAAUGUCUGGUCAUUUAACAAAGCUAGUAUCUACUGUUUACAUAGAAAGGUUUAUUAGGUGUGGUGUACUUAAAUAUUUUUAAUAUAUUUUACAUUAUGGUCAAUCCAGCCAAUCCUGCAUAUAUAGAAUUUGGUUUUUUCCCCAGAGAAAUGAGUUGUUCUGUUAUUUUAUUAGUUUAGUACGUUAGAAUAAACUGUAUCAUAGCUACA